GCCAAAGACCAAUUAGUGUGCUGGGGGCGAUAAGAUAUCAAAUUUGAUUUAUAUCCAUGACGGCGCCAUGCCAAAUGCGGCACAUGCUCUUUUGGUUUCCCUUUUUUGAUAGAGUGGAUUCGCUGUAUUGUUGGUUAUAUUGUUUUGUCUGCAAGUUUAAGGUUUUAAGAUUUUUGUUCUUUUUUGUGUUUGCAAGUUAUGGUCUGAUUUGGUUAGAUGGUUUGUUUUACGGACGCGAAGAAAUAGCUAAAUCGUCUGCGCUGUCGUUUCCAUGGCUUGUCAUUUGAUAGAAGACUGAUUAUUGCCGGCAUCCCAUCUAUACAGCCCGAAACAAUCCAAAACCAGUCAAUACAAAAUUCAGUAGCGAAUUACUUUGCACUGCGUAUUGGAUAUUGCCGGCAACAGUUUUGGAUUGUCAGCUGCCAUUAAAGACUUCCGGAUCGUGUCACCGUAAGGAGCUUCUUGCAAGUUCGGCGCAAGGUAUGGCCUUUUUUCUUUGCCUUCUACAAUUCAUCUAGAUCAACCUCUACCGUUGGAUACCUACUGGGAUAAUCGAAAAUUGCUGCGCUAUCGUCACACCUCCAGGAUCGGGUGCUGUUACCGGCCUACGGGUUUGGUUGACCCCCCUUUUUUGAGUGUGUAGUUACUGAGGUCAUCGGCUAGUUUGUGCGUUCUGUAGGAAAUUCGCACUGUGUGAUUGACCGACUCUGUACCGACCCAAUUGCGAUACGAUCGAAAGUGGCAACCUCCCAGUGCGUUCGGUUUCUGCCACAUUCGUUUGUAGGUUGAUAUCUUAUCCCUCCAGCACACUGGUACUUUGGCACUUUGGCUAGUCCGGAAGAUGUUGAAAUUAAAUACGUUGACACCGGGACAGCUGCGGAUAAUGCUUGAUAAAAUGGGACAAGACACACAGGGGUCAAAGCCAGUUUUGAUUGAGCGGCUCAAAACGUGUCUAGGCCACGACAGUGUUCCGUCUGAGGUGCCGUCCGACCGUCUUUUAUUUGAGUGUAAUGGUGCCGCAUCACCCGUUGAACCUGGAAGUAGAUUACAGACGAGCCAUAUACAGGAAUAUGCGUAUAAUACGUAUGCCAAAAGGGCAGUUUAUGACGAUUAUGAUACCGCGUCUUGCAUUUCUGCCCAAUCCUCAAUAGCUUCUGAGAAGGCAAAACUAGCUGGUCUUCAAGCUAGGGCAGCAUGUCUAAAGCAAAAGCAAGAGCUUGAUCGACAAGCACAGAACAUUCACGCCAUGCAAGAGGCUCUAGAACUUGAUAUGCAAAUUAAAGAAGUUGCUGCAAGAGAGGCAGCUUUAAAAAAUGAAGUAAAAGGUCAAACCAGAGAUCACGUAACUUCACAACCGAUAAAUGUAUCUAUGAGCAGAGAAUCCACGUCUAAAUUUGAGCUGUCUUCUUAUCGGGACCAUGUUAUUGAGUCUCUACCUUCUCAUAGCCACGACGACGCAGCUUACCAACUGGCUAAGCGAUUCCACCUCCCCAUGCUAGAAAUGUCAACGUUUGAUGGAGAUUUGGGAAAAUACCGGUGCUUUAUGCGUGCCUUUCAUGCAAACAUCGUAGCCAAAGUAAGUAACGAAGAGGAAAAAUUAUCGUAUUUGCAUCAGUAUACUCGUGGAAGACCAAGAGAAAUAGUGUCCACAUGUCUGCAUUUACCGCCUGAGCAAGGUUUUACAGAGGCUAUCAGUUUGCUCGAACGCCGUUAUGGGGGCACCAUUCAAGUAGCCGCGGGCCUCGUAGACCAAUUACUGCAGUGCUCCAACUUAAAGGCUGAUGACGUAGAAGGCCUAGAGACCUUUGCUAUUCAGCUACGGGGUAGCAUGAACGCGCUCUCAAACCUCCCAUGUGGGACGGGCGCGGUGGAUGUCAAAACCAUUCGUUUGCUUUUGGAGAAGGUGCCGCCGUUCUUUAGAGACAAAUGGAGAGUUAAAGUAGACGAAAUCGAACAAACCGAUCACCGUCAAGCGGAAUUCAAAGAUUUUGUUCUGUUCAUCGAGCGAGAGGCUCGGAUUGCCUGCAAUCCAUCGUACGGUCGGCAUGUUACUUCCCAAAAUGCGAAACAAUUGUAUGGAGAAAGAAAACCUGGACCAGGGAAUAGCGUAAGAGGAAAGCUCUUAUCUGGUAACGUGAAUCCUUCACGUUUUCCUUUGACAUGCCUUCAAUGCGACCAAAAUCAUGAAAUUUCGGAAUGUCCCCAGCUUGGGAGGAUGAAAAGGGACGAAAAGAUUGAGUUCAUCCAUUCAAAUCGACUUUGUUUUGGCUGUUUACGCCCAAAUCAUACUGCCAAAUAUUGUAAAGACAGGAAAAUAUGUAAGACGUGUCAAGGGUCACAUCCAACUGCGCUUCACUUCGACCGGCAAGAAAGUUUCCUACCAACAGUCACAUCAGGACAUCUGGCAUCAAGAGGCGGGGCAAAGUUACAAGUCGUGCCUGUGCGCGUUACACUCCUUGGAGUAACAGUGCCAACUUCCGCGUUUUUAGAUUCCGGCAGUACCCAUUCCUUUAUUUCCCGACAGUUACUUGACCAGCUGGGGGCGCAACCAACUGAAAACACAUCCGUUACACUUUCAACUAUAAAUUCAGAUCAGAGAAUUGCCACAUGCAUGGUCUCCCGAGUAAUUAUGGAAGAUUUGGAUAUUACUAGCCGAUUGGAGUUACCUCCUCUGAUCGUUCUAAACCGGAUACCAGUAUCCAAAGAAGACGCUCCCGAUGCAAAUGAUUUAAAGAAAUGGCCAUACCUUAUUAAUGGAGGAGUAAAUCUAGAGGAGAAUGUUCCGGGAGAUGUGGGACUUCUAAUUGGAAAUAAUGUUGCCGCUGUAAUGGAACCGAUUGAGGUAGUCCCAAGUCAAAACGGUGGUCCGUUCGCCGUUAGGACCAGAUUCGGAUGGGUUCUUGGUGGCGCAGAGAAGGCGACCAAUAGUCGCCUCAAAGUUAACAUUCACCAAACUCAGCUAACAUUUGAUGAAGAUUCGUGUGGUAAUAGAGCAGAGUACAAGACAGGUCCAUCUGCGGAAGACCUUAUCUGGCAUUCGAUUGUAGAGUCUUCCUGUACGUUUCGAAAUGGGCAGUAUGAAAUAGCAUUACCGUUCCGGAGCUCGUGUCCUGUCCUGCCUAACAAUAAACUGAUAGCUCACAGACGACUCGAGCAGCUUAGACGAAGAUUUCAAAAUCAGCCAAACUUUGCAGAAGAAUACACCAGGCAGAUGACCAAAUUAUUGGAAAAGGGAUAUGCUGAAGAUGCUCCUGAGAGCUCUCACAUCAGAGAUGGGAGUGUAUGGUUUCUGCCCCAUCACGGAAUUGAACAAUCGGGAAAGAAAGAUAAAAUACGAGUUGUUUUCGAUUGUGCUUGCCAGUUUCAAGGUACCAGCCUAAAUGACGAGUUAUUACGAGGUCCAGACUUUACAAAUUCUUUGACGGACGUUCUCCUGCGUUUCCGGCAAGGACCUGUUGCCUUUAUGGCGGAUAUCGAGGGAAUGUUCUUGCAAGUAAAGGUUCCUGAACAUCAGCGCGACUUCCUACGGUUUUUAUGGUGGCCCGAUGGGAACAUCAAAGCAAGCCCAAAACAAUACCGGAUGACGGUCCACCUUUUUGGGGCCACGUCCUCGCCCAGUUGCGCGAACUUCGCCCUACGACGCACAGCUACGGAUCACGGAACAGUAUAUGACCGACAAGUGCCUGGGACGGUUUUGAACAACUUCUAUGUUGAUGACUGCCUCGUGACAACGACUAGUGAAAACGACGCUAUAAAUCUGGCAUUGAGCCUGAAGCAAUUAUGCUCGAAGGGAGGUUUUAAUCUCACCAAAUUUACCAGUAACAGUGUAAUCGUACUGGACUCGAUUCCUGAGGCCGAUCACUCUCCCAAGAUUAAAAGUUUGAACCUUAGAAUAGACACUCUGCCUACAGACCGGGCGUUGGGCGUCAGUUGGAACGUGCAAUCAGAUCGAUUAGGAUACCAACUGGAGCUUAGCAAGUUUACAGGGAAACCUCUGACAAGAAGGGGAAUGCUUUCUGCGAUAGCCGCAUUUUAUGAUCCCUUGGGUCUCGCAGCCCCCUACGUCAUGCGAGCCAGAAUGCUUCUGCAGGAACUAACUCGUUUACGGUUGGGUUGGGAUCAAUCCGUGCCCGGGGAAUACUGCAAACAGUGGAGAAGAUGGGUGGCCGAUUUGGGACUUCUCUCUCUAUAUACACUUCCACGGUGCAUCUGCCAAAGCGGUUUUUCGGCCUCAACCAGAUUGGAGCUACACCACUUUUCAGACGCCAGCGAACGAGGCUAUGGCGUGGCCUCGUACCUGCGAGUAGUCACUCAAGAGGGCCGGACGUCCUGCACCCUCCUGUGUAGUAGAUGUCACCUAGCUCCAAUUAAACCGCUUAGCAUCCCGCGAUUGGAGCUAUCCGCGGCAACGCUAGCAGUUAAGGUCAAUUUGGAAUUGGAAAGAGCAUUGGAGUUCAAGGUUCAACCCUGCCGCUAUUUUUGGACCGAUAGUACGACCGUCCUAUAUAUAUAA